GAAUAAAAAAAAAACACAAACACAGCAAGAGAAGUUCAUCCUCCCUCUCUACUCUCUACCCACUGCGUACAAUUUAUUAUUAUUUUAAAUAAAUCAUAAAUAAAUGAGAGAUCUCAGAUUGGAAGGGAAGGGACGAGUGUUGGUCCAACCUUGGAGUUUCCGUUUCUCACAUGGCGUCUCCUCCGUUGUUGAAGAAGCUCGUGACCUUCUUUUUAUCAUCUACUCUUUUUCUCGCUAAAGCCAACUCUGAAUCACGUUUCAAGUCGAUCAUCAGUUUCGGCGAUUCGAUUGCCGACACCGGAAACUUGCUCGGCCUCUCUGAUCCUAACGAUCUUCCUCACGUCGCGUUUCCUCCGUAUGGAGAAACCUUCUUCAACCAUUCCACUGGCCGUUUCUCUAACGGCCGACUCAUCAUCGACUUCAUUGCUGAGUACUUGGGUCUUCCGCUUGUUCCUCCUUUUUACGGAUCUCAAAACGCAAACUUUGACAAGGGAGUUAAUUUCGCUGUUGGGGGAGCAACGGCACUGGAACGUUCUUUUCUCGAGGAGAGAGGGAUUCAUUUUGCUUACACCAACGUCAGUUUAGGUGUUCAGCUUCAGAGCUUCAAGAAUCUUUUGCCUAACCUAUGCGACUCUCCUUCAGAGUGCAGAGAUAUGAUCGAGGAUGCUUUGAUUCUCAUGGGAGAAGUUGGAGGUAAUGACUUGAAUUACGCCUUUUUCGUGGGCAAACCCAUUGAAGAGAUCAAAGAAUUGAUUCCACUGGUGAUCACUACUAUUUCUUCUGCAAUCACGGAGCUGAUUGGUAUGGGGGGAAGAACAUUUCUGGUGCCUGGGAAUUUCCCACUGGGAUGCUCAGUAGCCUAUUUGACAUUAUAUCAAACAUCAAACAUGGAAGAGUACGAUCCUGUAACAGGAUGCUUGAAAUGGCUGAACAAGUUUGCAGAAUACUUCAACGAGCAGCUUCAGGCAGAACUCGACAGACUCAGGAAGCUGUACCCUCAUGUCAACAUCAUAUACGCAGACUACUACAACGCUCUGUCACGCAUUUUCCAAGAACCAGCCAAAUUCGGGUUUAUGAACAGACCCUUGCCUGCGUGCUGCGGUUUGGGAGGGCAGUACAACUACACACCUGGUAAGAAAUGUGGCUUUGAAGGAGUUGAAUAUUGUGAUGAUCCCUCAAAGUAUGUGAACUGGGACGGUGUUCAUAUGACUGAGGCUGCGUACAGACUGAUAGCUGAGGGUUUACUUAAGGGACCUUAUGUGAUUCCUCCUUUCAACUGGUCUUGUCUCAGCUCUGAAUUAAAAAAGAACAAUGGAUCAUCUGACGCAGAGUUUUCUUUGGUGAACAACUGGAUAUAACUUGGUCUGAAAAUUGAGAGAGAGAGAGAGAAUUAAGAGUACUGAUAAAGUCAUCUAUGUUCUUCAGUGCGUUUAUUGGAUCAUGUAUUGUUAUAUUAUGUUGUUCAGCUGAUUUAUUCAUUCUAUAUAUAGUUCAUUUGAUA